UCUUCAAUAUUUCUGCCAAAGUCAAUAAUAAGAUGACGUUGAGAAUUGAACAUAUUUUGUUUUCAAAAUUUGUUGUUUGAAAUGAUGAAAUCGUAUUUACCAAUUACUAGAAAAAAUCAGAACUAUGGCUCUUCCUGGGAAUGGAAUUUUUGUUGUGAAGGGAGAAAUAUCCACCUUGAUGACUGCUAUGAAAAGAGGAACAAGAUGGUCUUCUCAUUCCUAUCAAGAUGAUGAUAUUGAUGCUUUGUUGAAAACCUUUCAAGAAUUACGUGAAGUUCUCAAUAAUGUCGAUGACCUACGUUUUGUGGAACCAAAUACCUUCUUGUUACCAUUUCUAAAUGUUAUAAGAUCAGAGGAAACCACUGGACCUGUUACUAGUCUUGCACUAUGUGCAGUCAACAAAUUUCUAUCCUAUGGAAUUAUAGAUCCAAUGCACAGUACCAUAUCACAGGCCAUACACAACAUAGCAGACGCAGUGACCCAUGCUCGAUUCGUAGGCACAGACCAGUCAUCAGAUGGAGUAGUCCUCAUGAGAAUUCUUCAGGUGCUUAGGACUUUAACAUUAUCGCCGGAAGGGACGAAUUUAACAAACGAAAGCUUAUGUGAAAUCAUGCUCUCGUGCUUCAGGAUAUGCUUUGAAAUAAGACUGACCGAGUUGCUGAGAAAAACUGCAGAACAUUACCUGAGAGACAUGGUGCAACUCGUCUUUAUGCGUUUGCCACAGUUCUCAGACGACUUGAGAGCAGCCGCGUUGAAACAAUUCAAAAUGCAUCCUGGUGCCCUAGAUCAAACAAAAACCAAGAGGAAAAACAAGCAGAGUCAGAAGAAGAAAGAGAAAGUUGAUGCAGAAAGUGUCUUGGUUCCAAGUCCCACUUUAUCAAAAUCCCUUGAAACUAGUCUCUCAACGAAUCAGGUGCAAGCAAACAAUAUAGUCGAUAUGCAAGGAUCUAUGCUACAAAGCACAUUGAACAUUGAUACAGGAGAUUUACCAUUACCCAACUUACCUAGUCAAAGUGAACAUUCAUCUACCAGCAUCGACCCUGUUUGCAAUGAAGAUACUGGAACAGGCAGUAUGGAUAACAGAAAUUCUGACUCAAGUUCAAUGUCAAAUAUCAUAAUUCCACCUGUUGCUACCCCUAGUGAAAAUCUUCCUAGUGAUAAAACUGCUGCUUCAGUGAUUGAAAUUGACACGUCAAAACCAGAUACCUCUCCUGACGGACAGUGUGUCUCCAUCUCUACUGAUUCCACUCAAGACUUCGUCAAUCAAAGGGGGAUACGAUUCACUCCUCAGCUGAAUCGAGAAACCGUACUGUAUCCCUACGGCCUAGCUUGUGUUAGAGAACUGUUCCGAUUUCUAAUAAGUCUUUGUAAUCCACACGAAAAACAAAAUACGGAAGUGAUGAUUCAUCUAGGUUUAACUUUGCUCACAGUUGCAUUUGAAAUUGGUGCUGAUAAUAUAGGGAAAUAUAAUGCUUUAUUGGCUUUAGUCAAGGAUGAUUUGUGUAGGAAUCUAUUUUCGUUGAUGAGUACUGAUAGGUUAUCGAUAUUUGCUGCGGAUUUACAAGUUGCCUUCUUAAUGUUCGAAUCACUAAGAUCCCACACUAAGUACCAACUGGAAAGCUAUUUGAACAAAUUGAUUGAUAUUCUGAGGAGCGAGUCUGCCAAAGUAACUUAUGAACACAAAGAAAUUGCUUUGGAUAAUUUAUCUCAGUUGUGGAGAAUAUCUGGUUUUCACACUGAAUUGUAUUUGAACUACGACUGUGACAUGUAUUGUACUAAUUUAUUUGAGGAACUUACCAAAUUACUAGCCAAACAUUCUUUUUCCGGAACCACAGGAAUUUACAACACCCAUUUGUUAUCUUUAGAUGCCCUAUUGAUCGUUUUAGAGGACAUUGAAAAAAGAUGUUACGAGGGAAAAGAUAGAAUGAAAUCUUUAGAGAGCAGAGGCGGUAAUGACGUUGGUGCUGUUGAGAGUAUAAAUAAAUUCAUAGGUAAAUCUUCAAGGAUCAAAAUGUCAGAAAAUAUACCCAGCAAGGAACAAUUAGCGGCUGUGAGGAGCAUAAAAAAAUGGCUGCCCCAAGGCACCGAGUAUUUCAACCAGAAACCAAAAAAAGGUCUACAAUUUCUUCAAGAGCACGGCGUUCUUAAACAAGAGCUCGAUAUUCAGGAAGUCGUUAUGUUCUUGAGAGAAAAUCCUGCUCUCAGCAAAGCGCAGAUUGGCGAGUAUAUAAGCAACAGAAGCAACCUCAAAAUCCUGGAAGCUUUCGUCCAUACAUUCAACUUCACAAAUGUUAGGAUUGAUGAAGCUCUGAGAGCUUUUUUGGAAACAUUUAGGUUACCUGGUGAAGCUCCUACUAUAUCACUGAUUCUUGAACAUUUUGCUGAACACUGGCAUAAAAGCAACGGAGAACCUUUUGCUGACGUGGACUCAGCUUUCACUCUGGCUUACGCAAUCAUUAUGUUGAAUGUUGACCAACAUAAUGAGAAUGCCAAAAAACAAACGGUUCCCAUGUCACCGAGAGCUUUCAAAAAAAAUUUGAAGGGUGUUAAUGGAGGUGGUGAUUUUGAUGAGGAGAUGCUAGAUGAAAUUUAUAACACUAUAAAGAACGACGAAAUUGUGAUGCCAGCCGAGCAGACGGGACUGAUAAAAGAAAAUUACCUCUGGAAAUUGCUCCUGAGGAAAGGGCAGACUAAGGAAGGUUAUUAUUAUCACGAUAAUGGCUCUGUCGAUUCUGAAUUGUUUCAGAUAUUGUAUGGACCUGUCAUCGCUGCUUUAUCAUUCGUUUUUGAGAAGAGUGAAGAUCAAGCGAUCUAUAAGAAGGUUGUGCAAGGUUUUGAGCAAUGUGCUUUCAUUGCUUCUAACUUCAACAUGACGGAAAACUUAGAUAUGCUUCUGAUUACCUUGUGUAAAUUUUCUGUUUUUUCUAACCAACAAAAACAGAACAAUAUUGUGAUUCAGUUUGGAGCCAAUUUGAGAGCACAGAUAGCUUUGAAAUUGGUGUUUUCUCUAGUUCAUCAACAUGGAAACUGUGUUCGAGAGAGUUGGAAAAAUAUAUUAGAUCUUAUGUUGGCUCUGUACACCAACAACUUACUUUCGAAAACAUUUAUAGAAGUAGAAGAUUUUAUUGAGCCCACUGGAAAACUCAUUUUAGUAUAUGAAGAAGUACCAAGCAUUGCUAAACAAGACACUGGCUUAUUGAGUUCUUUGUACUCCUACAUGGUGUCGGCUGAAAAUCUUGCUAAAGUGCCCACUCCAGAGGAGCAAAAUUUCAUUGGAAUGGCUAAAGAAUGUAUUAGAGAAUGUAACAUUGAUCAAUUAAUUAUAGACUCGAAGUUUUUACACCAGGAAGCUUUGUUUGAACUUGUUAAAACAUUGAUAGAAUUAUCUAGAGGUCCUGAUAUGCAUGAAAACUCUGGCAGCAAUUAUAACCAGAAUGUUACUGUAUUCUUUUUAGAGCUUUUAGUGAAAAUUGUGAUGCAGAAUAGAGACAGAGUGAUGUCAAUAUGGCAAACUGUCAGAGACCACAUAUACACCUUGGUAAUGAAUGCAUCCGUAUUCGACUAUCAGUUUCUUCUUGAACGAUCAGUUAUUGGACUGUUGAGAAUUGCCAUUCGAUUGAUGAGGAAUGAAGAAAUGAGUCACAUAGUUCUUCAAUCAUUAAGAAUGCUUCUCAUGUUGAAGAGCAGUACUUUGUGCAGAAUUUCACGACAAAUUUCGUUCGGUUUAUAUGAACUCUUGAAGACUUCAGCUCAAAACAUUCACACCAAUACGGACUGGACUAUCAUUUUCACGUUACUCGAGUGUGUAGGAGCAGGAGCUGAACCGCCUAAGCCAUUAGCUGAAGAUCCUACUACAACUGAACUAGUUGUGAAAUCUGAAGAGAACAGCACUGUCAAUUCUGAUGAAGAAAGUCCUGUAACAGAUAGGGGAUACACUUCAGACUCUGAGGUGACAAAAAGUCCAAAACAUAGACCCCAAAGCCCAGUUAUUAUCCCUAUUUCACCUGUAGGCACUCCCAAUACAGGUGGAUGGAUUUUAGUAGGAAAUGAGGGGGAAAUACAGCCUGUAAUGGGAAGAACUUGUCCGCCCACACAGUACGGUCUAUGCCUAGAAAAGAACUUGGGCAUCCAUGAUCCUCGAAGCAUGAUGAAGUGCUGUGAAAGUCUGGCUUUCCUAGUAAGAGAUGUAGCUCACAUAACCCCUUAUAAUUUCGACAUAUGUGUCCAUUGUAUCAGAACAUUUGUGGAGGCAAACUUACACGGUUCAAAAGGCAGUAUUAAAAAAUCGCUCCACCACGAAUCAAGAUCCCGAUCGAAGAAUCCAAAAAGAAGUUCUGCGGCGUACAAAAACAGGAAGAGUCCCACCAGUAGUCCAGACGAGGAAGAAGAGAGUGACGAUGAGGAAAUACCGACCGGCUACCAUCAAAUAUCCAUUCAACUCCUGGAUCUGAUGCAUACUUUACACACGAGGACUGCGCAGAUUUUCAAAUGGUGGGCAGAAGAAGGUGGCGAGAUAUCGCAGGAAUCUUCUUUAUGGACGCAAGGAUGGUGUCCCCUAUUGCAGGGCAUCGCAAGGCUAUGCUGUGAUACAAGACGUCAAGUGAGAAUGAGCGCAAUCACAUACCUGCAGAGGGCGCUGCUAGUUCACGAUCUGCAGACGCUCAGCGGCCCGGAAUGGGAACAGUGUUUUCAGAGAGUCCUGUUUCCGUUGCUCGGUUACUUGCUGCAACCUCUAACUCCCAAAGAUAACAUCUCCAUGGAAGAAACUAGGAUUAGGGCGUCCACUGUUUUGUCCAAGGUGGAUGUUCAAGUUCCGAAGAAAAUUGAAAUGAAAGUUCCCACUGAACAUUCCAAGCCACCGGAACAAAAACCUGCUCAAGAUCAAGAAAGACCUGGUUCAUUUGGCAUUCUCCUGCCUCUUAUAAAACCCACCAUUCCAGAAACACCCACUCCACAAGAACCAACACCUCCUGAAGCCGAUGACAAGGAAGAGAGACCAGCAAUCAGCGCAGAAGACUUAGCAGCCAAUCAAAUACCACACAAAGACCUCGGCGUUUUGCCGGUUUUCAAAAACUACCACCCUGGUGCUCCAACCUGCCGACUGUACAUAAAGAAUAUCGCCAAAGCUGUGUCUGAGGCAGAUAUGGAAUUCAUUUUCAAUAGGUAUAGGGUCUCGGGGGGUCCUGCAGGGCAGCCAAGUCAGUUUGAUAUUCGGCUCAUGAAGGAAGGGAAGAUGAAGGGACAAGCUUUCAUCACUUUAGAUAGUGUAGAGCAGGCGCAAAAGGCUGUUAAAGAGACGAACGGGUAUAUUUUGAAGGAUAAACCGCUAGUUGUUGUUUUUGCUAGGUCUGCGGCUCAGAAGAAAUAAUCUAAUUUUGAUACUAUGUAUCAAUAUCCAGAUAUAAUAUAUGAAUUUGUGUAAACUACAAAGAAAAAUAAGUAUCUGGUAACCAAUUGUUAUCACGGUUUUUUCUUGUUUUCACACUGUAUUCAGGGCAGUGAGAUAUUGUUACAAAUAUCGUGCAUACCUGGGGUGGAUAACCAAAGAAUGAGUGUUAACCAUGGGCUAACAUAAUUUGAUUGUCCACUAGAUCACGCUACUAAGACGGGAGGACAAGGUUGGUAGAACUGAUUGGAAUAUUUCUUCUUUUCUUUUCAUAUAUAUGGCAUCUUACGACAUGUCUCUUUCCUUCUGAUGUAAAAAUUGCUCUAAAAGAUCUAAAUUGAAAAUAAAAUUAACUCAAGCCUGUGCAUAAGCCACACCUUUAUUUUUUCGAAAAAACCCAGCAAACAUCUUGAUAUGGGGCAUCAUUGGCCUAGUAUAUUUUUCCCAUACCUGACAUCAGCGGCCCAGUGAAUGGCCCCAUAUGCGGGACUCUAUAUACAGUACACUGCGGCCGGCAGCUGGUCCCAGUGCUGGGUACCCAGCAAUCUUAUUCAGUUCCCCGGCAAAAGGCCAGUACAACAUAAUCGACACAUUGAGUUUCCCAUAGCAAGCCCAGCAUAUACAUAAAUGAUGGGACUGUAUUGGCCAAUUAACGACAUUGGUUACAUACUAUCGAGG